GGAAUCAAUCUCCACAAUUACAAGCAGUUAAUAAUAGUAAUGGCAUAAAGGGAUCGGCAUUUAUUGUUUUAUCAAAAUUGGUUAGACGAUUUGAUAAAAAAUCCCUAGAAAGACAAGUAGGAAGGGUUGUUCCAUUAGCCAUUAAGGGUUUUAAUGACACAAAACCUGAAAUACGAAAAGCUGUGGUUGAUGCAAUCGUUGCAAUAUAUUCCGUAAUUGGUGACGAUAAAACUUUUUUUCAAUAUUUAGGCAGCCUAAGUCCUUCGCAAAAAAAUUUAUUAAAUUAUUAUUUUGACAAAACUACAAAACAACAUAAAAUUACACAAAUAUCAACAAAAGGGGUGCAAAUAUGA